GAGACUCACGCAGCCCGAGUCCCGCCAGUCCGCCAACACUGUAGUGCCGGCCCCCCUCCUCCCCUGGCCCUUCCCCCUCCCCGCCCGCGGCUCGCUCCGCCUUUCUGCCCCCCGCCCCCACCUCCCGGGCACGGGCCAUUCCCGGCCAGGAAACGCCGUGGCGCCGCGCUGGGCCUAACUCGAGUCCUGCCGCCCCGGGAGUGCCGUGCGCCGCAGCCCGGGCCCCGGCCCCGGCCGCGCCUGGGACAAGGUCUUCAGAGCUCCUGGAAGAUCACUUUCUAGGACUUCAUAAUCAAAGGUCUACAAAAAAGGGUUCCUCAUGUCCAUAACAUGUUGGUUGAGGCUCUGCAGCUCGCCCCCACUCUCAGAGUGGCCAGUCUCCAUUAAUUGGACCCCGUGAUUUCCACUCUGUCGUGCUGGACGUCAUGAGCAUUGCAAUCCCUCUGGGAGUCACCACACCAGAUACAUCCUACUCAGAUAUGGCUGCUGGAUCAGAAAAGGAAGUGGAAGCCCCCUACCUUUCAAGACGAAGUGGCACUACACCAGGAUGUGAAAGUCCAGCGAAAGAGACCCAAGGGGCCUAGGGGGCAGCACACCCCCAGAAGCCAAGUCUAUUCCAGGCAGUACCAGGGAUUAGGGUCUGGGCUGGAAAAAUCCUGGUGUUUUGAAUAUGUUCAGGUCCAGUUCAGACUCUUGAUCCCACAGCCACUUCUUGAGUGAGGUGGGUGUUGCUCUAAUUCCCCUGUUUCUCUUGCCAUUUUCAUAGUCCCUGGGGAUUCUUCCCCUCUCCCUCAGCAAAGCAAAGCAACUGUACCAGAACUCUGGGUUCACCUGCAUUCCUGGUUAAUAGUGGUUUUCUUCCUUAAAACUGAAAUAUUGAAGAGCAUGUAUAUUUCUUCACAAAACCACCAAGGAUACUUUAACUGUAUAUUGACUUCCUUAAAUGGGAAGACUUGAACUAAAACUACCCUAAGAAGCAAUAUUUUAUAUUCUGGGGUAGUCUAGAAUUAAAAGUAGUUUUCAGCCUUAUUCCCAUAUAUCAAGGAAGGGAAGGGCGGGGGGUGGGAAAGGGUGGAUUGUGUUCCUCCCAGGGUGUCUGUUAUUUUUUUCCUGUUUGUUUUGUUGGGGGAGGGGUGUUGCAUGCCAAAGAGAUUUAGCUAUACCAAUCAAUAACUGAGACUUCCAAUUUACAAUUAUUUCCCAAAUAAAGUACUUAAAAAUCGUCCUUCAUUAGUACCCACUGUUCUCCUGUAGGGAUUGAAUACCAGCUCUCUGGUUAGUCUUCAUUAACAUUUGUGAGUAGUUUCAGUACAGUUUUAAAAUCAAAGAUUUGGGAAUUUUUAAAUACGAAAGGACCUAAAGCCAGUAUUAUUAAAACGGGUGCUUUACCCCAGUGUACAGAGGUGACUGCCUCUGAGAGGUACAUGUUUCUGCGGGGUCCAAAAGCAAAUGAAGAAAAGGUUUUUCUGAUCUGACCAUUUAUUGGACUGCAUUUUUAUUACCCGAAACAUGUUCCUACCUAACAUCCAGCUUUCUGACCCUACUACGUUCAAAACUAAAUGCAGCUGCUCAUUUAAUAUUUCUACAAACCAAAAAAAAAAAAUGUCAACAAGCAGCAUAGAUAUGUUCCGUUAAGUUAUUGAUGACCUCCGCUGCCCAUAUUCCACUGUCCACGUGGCCAGGUGUCCGGGAGCUAGCUCUGCAGGGCAAAAUGCUGAACAGAGUGCGAGGGUCUCGUGGAACCUUCGACCUGAUGGCAACAGUGUGCAGCACGCAUUUUUCCAUAAUAUAAUUGUAGUAAAACCUCUAAAUGUAACAAUAGAAGGAAAGACCUGACAGUCCUCUGAUAAUAAAUUUGAGAUAUUUUCCAAAGGGAGCACGAUAGCACCCUUUGCACAUUGUGCUUAGGACACAAUUGAUGGAGUCUGUCUGCUGUGAGCAUGGCUUCUGUUCAGACACUGGAGAAGACAGGCUGUGAUGACAUUCGCAUAAAAUGAUUGACUAAUAAAGAGAUGUAACACCCCAAAUUUUUAAUCCAUACUUUAAAAUAUAGAUAAGAAGCUCCUUUAUGAGUAUGUAUACAUAAAUGUAUUGCAUGUGUGUAUACAUAUGUAUGUGUGUUAAGAAACACAGGAAAUCUGGCAACAUGUAGCUAUGUAAUACCUACUAUGGAAAUCGCAAAGGUGUGUGUUUGUUUUGUUUUUUUAAUGGAACCUAGAAGCUUAAAUUCUAGUCGUUGCCAUGCAUAGCAUUAUAGUAGAUGCUGUGCUUGACUGAAGUAUUGUGCAGUGGGAUGGCCUGUUAACCUCCACAAUAUACAUUUUAUUUUUAUUCCUAGACUUGCACAUGAAGUGCAUAUGUUCAUAUUUACCCAGUUUGGAGAUGGGUAAGAUACAACCAACAUAGCUCCAUCUCCAUGGCCAUCUUUAUUUCACGCAGCUUUCCUUCUUCCCGUCCAAAAACAAAUCCAUUCCUGAUGAGCGGCUGUCAUGUUUCACCCCAUGUGUUCAGUGAUCCAAACCCCCUUAUAUAAACUAUUGAGAACUUUUUGGAAUACUUGUUUAUCUAGUAAAUUAACAAUGUUGUAUGAAGUCACUGUUACUUUCCUUUAACCAUCAUAGAGUAAACUCUACUUCAUUUUAUUAAUGCUUGUCUGCCUUUGGUUUCGUUUAGGAAACCCCACCUGUUUCCUAAUACUCAGAGCUGAUUGCCUCUCAGUGAACCAUGUUCAGAUCAUCUUUUUCUCAAGAAUACUGACCUGCAUUCUUGAUGCCCCACACCCCCAGUUCCCAUCUUACAGACACUUAAGUAAUAAAGUGCAUGCCCGUCACUAACAGAGAAUACUUUCCUGUGUCUAAAGUUCUUCUUCACCUAGAAAUUACCUUUGCUGUUAUUAAUAAGACCCCUUCUCACAGUAUUGGAGCAUAUAACUGGGUGAGUUGGAUGUGUAUCUAAGGGUUUUCUUCUAUCCCCUCACUUCUCAGCUGAUGGCACCAUGUUGAACUGCAUACUUCAUGUAUUCCUGCUACCUGUGUUGUAUAUUUCUAAGCAGGAAAAAUGUAUGUUACUUGAAGCAAACUGUAUUAUUUGAUUCUCUGAAUGACCCUUUGGUCUCUAAAGAUGAGAGUUAUGCUUGUCUUUGGCAUCUCCAAUGUGUGAAUCUCUGCGCUGGUUAAUUUAAAUGAUAGAUAAUCCGUUCUUCUAUUCUGCAAAGUCUACACGCAUAUUCAUAUUAACUUGCAAAAUUCUAACCCUAACCAGGUAGCAAUCAGAGCUAAAUGGGUUUUUUUCGCAAAACCUUGGGCCUUUGUCCUCAGCCACCAAUGCCUUGCUUUAUUAUCAAGUAAAGACUUACAUUAAUACCUGAAAUUAAACAUUUAUGGUUCUUUUAUAUUAGCAAUUUGCACUUGACCAGUUUAUUUUCCAUUCGUUGAUGUUAUUUAAAAAAAAAAAAAACAAAAACCAUGCUUCUCACUAACUCUGGUUAAGGUCAUAUAACUUUUUUUAGGUAGAUUGUUACCUUGUUUUACAAAUAAAUUAGGCAUAGUGGAAACAGAACUGACUUUGGAGUCAGAGACCUUUUGUGAAGUCACAUAAUCUCACCACCUCACCUUGAGCUCCUGUUGUAAAAAUGAGAUGCUACAUACCAUGUUUAGUAAUUGCAGGGAUGAGUUGGAUGAUGUAUAUAAGGAACCUAGCAAAUACGGGAAAUUUCAGACAGUAGCCACCACUUGUUUUUACUUAACACUGGGCUAACGUAACUUUUAGGUACAGCUUUGAUUAUUUUGAAGUUCUGUGGUAUUACCAUGCAGCUGUUAAAUAAAUGUGUCCUUGAUAUGCUUGCAUGUCACUGGUGGAUGAGAAAUUAUUACUCUAAUAUGUGAAAGGUAUUGGGGUUCAUCAAGAUGAGAGGUGUGAUAACUAUAAGAUGCCAUUGUUUUUACCUGUACUUUCCUCAGGGUGUCCUGUCUUGGUAGUGAAUGGACGAGGGCCUGGCCCUGGGGCAGUGCAGAAGGCACUUUCAUCAUCUCACACUGCAAAUGUCAUGUGAGGUUUCAUGGAAGUAUUAAGAGAUCCAAUUAAGAAGAAUAGUUCUGAGUCUAAACCAGCCCAGAGUGGCUUCUCUAGGGGAAACUCCCCGCUCAGCUGCCCUGAAUCUGUGGAGGCUAGUCCAGCAGUUAAUGAGAAGAGCGUGUAUUCCACUCAUAAUUAUGGGACCACUCAGAGGCAUGGGUGUCGAGGACUGCCUUACGCUGAUCAUAAUUACGGAGCCCCUCCUCCUCCGACACCUCCUGCUUCUCCCCCUGUCCAGACGAUCAUCCCUCGCUCUGACCUGAACGGCCUGCCGUCGCCAGUCGAGGAGCGCUGCGGAGACAGCCCGAACUCUGAAGGAGAGACCGUCCCCACCUGGUGUCCUUGUGGUCUUUCUCAGGAUGGCUUCCUCCUCAACUGUGACAAGUGCAGGGGAAUGAGCAGGGGGAAGGUUAUUAGACUUCAUCGGCGGAAGCAGGACAACAUAUCAGGUGGGGAUAGCAGUGCAACAGAAAGCUGGGAUGAGGAGCUCUCUCCUUCCACUGUGUUGUACACAGCAACACAGCACACACCGACUAGCAUCACCUUGACCGUCAGAAGAACCAAACCCAAGAAGCGGAAAAAGAGUCCAGAAAAGGGUCGUGCAGCACCAAAGACGAAGAAAACCAAGAAUUCUCCUUCUGAAGCACAGAAUUUAGAUGAGAAUACAACUGAGGGAUGGGAAAAUCGGAUAAGAUUGUGGACUGAUCAGUAUGAAGAAGCUUUCACUAACCAGUACAGUGCAGAUGUCCAGAACGCCCUGGAACAGCAUCUACACUCUAGCAAGGAAUUUGUGGGCAAACCUGCUAUUUUAGACACUAUUAAUAAGACUGAGUUGGCCUGUAAUAAUACAGUUAUUGGUUCCCAAAUGCAGCUGCAACUGGGAAGAGUCACUCGCGUUCAGAAGCACCGGAAGAUCCUAAGAGCUGCGAGAGAUUUGGCCUUGGACACUCUGAUCAUAGAAUAUCGAGGGAAAGUCAUGUUACGGCAGCAGUUUGAGGUCAAUGGGCAUUUCUUCAAAAAACCAUACCCCUUUGUGCUCUUCUACUCAAAAUUCAACGGUGUGGAGAUGUGUGUGGAUGCACGUACUUUCGGUAAUGACGCUCGGUUCAUCAGAAGAUCAUGUACACCAAAUGCGGAGGUGAGACACAUGAUUGCAGACGGGAUGAUUCAUCUGUGUAUCUAUGCUGUGUCUGCCAUCACCAAGGAUGCUGAGGUCACCAUAGCAUUUGAUUAUGAGUACAGUAACUGUAAUUACAAGGUGGACUGUGCGUGUCACAAGGGGAACCGGAAUUGCCCUAUACAAAAACGGAAUCCCAAUGCUGCAGAGCCACCUCUCCCCCCUCCUCCAAGCCUGCCCACCGUUGGAGCAGAGACCAGACGAAGGAAAGCACGGCGGAAAGAGUUGGAGAUGGAACAGCAGAGUGAGGCUCCAGAAGAGGAUAACAGCCAACAGCCAGAACAAGUUCCUGAGAAAGUAACUGUAUCCAGUGACAAUGAGGAAAUAGACAAUCCAGAGGAAAAAGCCGAAGAAGAGAAAGAAGAGGCAACAGAUGACCAGGAGAACCCGGCCCAGAGCAGGAGGACUCGGGAAGACAGGAAGGUUGAAGCCAUCAUGCACGCCUUUGAAAACUUAGAGAAAAGAAAGAAGCGACGGGAUCAGCCCUUGGAACAGAACAGUUCUGAAGCAGAGAUGACUUCGCCCACCUCAGAGACUCCCGUGGGAGAGGAAACAAAAUCUGAAGCGCCCGACCCCGAGGCUAGCAACCCCGUCUCAAACAUUGCCGUCCCAAGCACUCCCCAGAGCGUCGGAGUGAACACCCGGAGGUCUUCCCAGGCGGGGGAUGUCACUGCAGAAAAACCUGUCCCCAAACCACCUUCAACAAAGCCUUCUAGACCCCGACCGAAGAGUCGAAUUUCCCGGUACCGGACCAGUUCAGCCCAAAGACUCAAGCGGCAGAAGCAGGCGACUGCACAGCAGGCAGAGUUGUCACAGGCUGCCUCAGAGGAGGGAGGAAACAGCAGCUCGGUCACGCCUGUUGAUGCUGGAAGUGUAGACAGUUCAGGAGAAAAUAGGCAAAUAACAGGGUCUGACCCAGUGGUCGCCUCAGUUACUGGAUCUCAUAUCAACCGCGCUGCAUCUAAAUACCCCAAAACCAAAAAGUAUCUAGUUACAGAAUGGUUGAAUGACAAAGCCGAGAAGCAAGAAUGCCCUGUCGAGUGCCCUUUACGUAUCACCACGGACCCAACUGUGCUGGCGACGACCCUGAACAUGUUGCCGGGCCUUAUCCAUUCCCCGUUAAUUUGUACCACCCCCAAACACUACAUCCGCUUUGGUUCACCCUUUACCCCUGAGAGACGUCGAAGGCCCCUUCUGCCUGAUGGCACAUUCAGCUCCUGUAAAAAGCGCUGGAUAAAGCAAGCCUUGGAAGAAGGUAUGACUCAAACAUCUUCUGUACCCCAAGAGACUAGAACUCAGCAACUAUACCAAAGUAACGAGAAUAGUAGCUCUUCUAGUAUCUGCAAAGACAAUGCAGACUUGCUGAGCCCAUUAAAGAAAUGGAAGUCUCGCUACCUGAUGGAGCAGAAUGUCACCAAGCUACUGCGGCCUCUUUCUCCGGUCACACCACCCCCUCCAAAUCCAGACGCCAAGAGCCCCCAGCUGCUCACACCCGGCCCGUCUCACCCAGGAGAAGAGGAGUGUCGGAAUGGAUACAGCCUCAUGUUCUCCCCAGUCACGUCGCUUACUACUGCUAGUCGCUGCAAUACUCCUCUGCAGUUUGAGCUUUGUCAUCGGAAGGAUCUGGACUUGGCGAAAGCCGGCUACCUUGACGCCAACACUAACAGCUGUGCUGACCGGCCUUCCCUGAUUGGCUCGGGCUCUUCUGACCUGGCUCCUCACGCCUGCGCGGUGCCCACCUCUGAGACUGGCUUUCCAGGCAGGAGUGGAGACGGACAUCAGAGCCUUGUGAGAAGCUCGGACCAGGCCUUUCGGACAGAGUUCCACUUGAUGUACGCCUACUCGCCGCUGAACGCCAUGCCUCGCGCGGACGGGCUGUACAGGGGUUCUCCUCUCGGGGGCGACAGGAAGCCUUUGCAUCUGGAUGGGGGCUACUGCUCCCCCGCAGAAGGGUUUCCCAGCAGAUAUGAACACGGUUUCAUGAAAGACCUUGCUCGUGGAUCCAUGUCACCUGGCGGCGAAAGGGCUUGUGAAGGAGUCCCAUCUGCCCCCCAGAACCCCCCACAGAGGAAAAAGGUGUCCCUGCUGGAGUACCGGAAACGGAAACAGGAGGCCAAGGAGAACUCUGCUGGUGGGGGCGGCGACUCUGCCCAAAGCAGAAGCAAGUCUGCAGGCGCCGGGCAGGGCGGCGGCCACUCGCUCUCUGACUCCGGUGCCCAUGGCGUGCAGGGAUCCUCAGCCCGAACCCCAUCUUCCCCUCACAAAAAAUUCUCCCCAUCUCAUUCCUCUCUGUCCCAUUUGGAGGCGGUAAGCCCAUCGGAUUCCAGAGGCACUUCAUCUCACUGCAGACCUCAAGAAAGUAUCAGCAGUAGGUGGAUGGUGCCCACGUCGGUAGAACGGCUCCGAGAAGGAGGGAGCAUCCCGAAGGCCCUCCGAAGCAGUGUGAGAGUGGCCCAAAAGGGAGAGCCUUCCCCCACGUGGGAGAGUAACGUCGCGGAGAAAGAUUCGGACCCUGCGGAUGGAGAAGGCCCAGAGACCCUGAGCUCCGCACUCACGAAAGGAGCAGCCGUUUACAGCCCUUCCAGAUACAGCUACCAGCUCCUGCAGUGUGAUAGUCCGAGGACAGAGUCGCAGGGCCUCCUCCAGCAGAGCUCCUCCCCCUUCAGAGGCCCUCCCGCCCAGUCUCCAGGAUACAGUUACCGGACUGCUGCACUGAGGCCUGGGAACCCCCCCGCCCACGGCCCUUCAGAAUCCUCCCUCUCUUCUGCGUCCUAUUCCAGCCCUGCCCACCCUGUGUCCACGGACUCGUUGGCCCCAUUUACGGGGACCCCAGGGUAUUACAGCAGCCAGCCACACUCGGGAAGCAGCGCCGGCAGCAGCCUUCCGCGGAGGAGCUGCCCUUCCACUGCUGCUAGCCCCACCCCGCAGGGCCCCUCAGACUCACCGACCUCAGACUCGGUUUCUCAGUCCAGCACAGGAGCUCUGAGCUCCGCCUCCUUUCCUCAGAACUCUCGGGCGUCGUUGCCGUCGGACUUACGGACUAUGAGUCUGCCCAGCACUGGGCAGGCGGCUGCCUGCCAGGCCUCCAGGGUGUCCGCAGUGUCCACUUCACAGCACUGCCCGCACCGCGGGAGUGGGGGCGCGCACCAGUACCGACUCCAGCCUCUGCAGGGGUCCGGAGUCAAGACUCAGACAGGACUUUCCUAGGGCUUCUGGAUUUGGGCCAACAGGACUGAGUGGGCCCAUAGCUGCUUCCGUCCAGCUGCCUCUGGAACCUCGGCCGGGCAUCUCGCUGGGGAAGGGGGCAGGGUGCCAGAGGAUGGGGUCUGGUCGACAAGAAACAAGACUUGUGGUCGUGACUGGCUCUGGCCUUGGAGAAAGAUGUAAAUCUUGCCUGAAGCAGAGACUAUAAAGAGGUUUCUCCCUGCUGUUAGGGUACAUUGUUGACAAGCAAAUGGUGUUUCGGUUAGUAACGGUCCUAAGUGCAAUGAGUUGUGUUGAAGCCUCCGUCUCCCAUCCUUGCCUGUAGCCUGUAGUCACUUGUGCCGUGAGGACAUCUUUUUAAAU